CCCAGCCUUCUUAGCGUACCCCCUUUCAAAGGAAAUUUUGGGACCUCAAAAUAUACUGAUCACCCGCAAGGUGGCCUCACAUCUGAUCGUCCCUUCUAAACUACUCGUACCAGUUCACGUUACUUCUCCGCCCCAAACUACCAAACUGCUCAAUCUACUCCACUGCAAUACAUAUCCUCUACCUCCUUCCUCGUCGACAUUCCCCUCGCACCUUACUGAGAAUCAUUGUCCCUUGCUACCUUUGCAUUCAGGCCAACACCAACCCACACCACGCUGCUCGCUCUCCUACUCUACACGGUGGGGUAGCUCUCUCGCCCCUGGAACCACCACACAUUUCCUCAUACCGCUCUUAAUUCACAACCAUCCACCAUGAAGGCUCUCAUUCUCGUCGGCGGCUUUGGCACGCGCCUGCGCCCACUCACCCUUACACUGCCCAAGCCACUGGUCGAAUUUGGCAACAAGCGCAUGAUCCUGCAUCAGAUUGAGGCUCUGGCAGCCGCAGGCGUCACGGACAUUGUCUUGGCCGUCAACUACCGCCCUGAGGUCAUGGAGAAGUACCUUGCCGAAUACGAAGAACAAUACAACGUCAAGAUCACAUUCUCCAUCGAGACCGAGCCCCUAGGCACCGCCGGCCCGCUCAAGCUCGCCGAGAAGACCCUCGCGAAGAACAACGAGCCCUUCUUCGUCCUCAACUCCGACGUCAUCUGCGAGUACCCGUUCGCGGAGCUAGCCGCAUUCCACAAAGCCCACGGCGACGAGGGCACCAUCAUCGUGACCAAGGUCGAGGAGCCGUCGAAAUACGGCGUCGUCGUGCACAAGCCCAACCACUCCUCGCGCAUCGACCGCUUCGUCGAGAAGCCCGUCGAGUUCGUCGGAAACAGAAUCAACGCCGGUCUCUACAUCCUCAACCCCAGCGUCCUCGACCGCAUCGAGCUGCGCCCAACCUCCAUCGAGCAAGAGACCUUCCCCUCCAUGUGCGCAGACGGCCAGCUCCACUCCUUCGACCUCGAGGGCUUCUGGAUGGACGUCGGUCAGCCAAAGGACUUCCUGUCGGGAACAUGCCUCUACCUCGCCUCCCUCAGCAAGAAGAACUCCAAGCUCCUCACCCCGACAAGCACACCCUACGUCCACGGCGGCAACGUCCUGAUCGACCCCUCCGCCAAGAUCGGCCGCAACUGCCGCAUCGGUCCUAAUGUCACUAUCGGCCCCGAUGUCGUUAUUGGCGACGGCGUGCGUCUACAGCGCUGCGUCAUCCUGCAGGGUAGCAAGGUCAAGGACCACGCGUGGAUCAAGUCUACGAUUGUGGGAUGGAACUCCAGUGUCGGGAAGUGGGCGCGUCUUGAGAACGUGUCUGUCCUGGGUGACGACGUCACGAUCGCGGACGAGAUCUACGUCAAUGGCGGCUCCGUCCUGCCUCACAAGACUAUCAAGACGAACGUCGACACCCCCUCCAUCAUCAUGUAAAGUGGUGCAGCGAGCGAAACUCUGCCGAUUCCUGGGCGCGCGCGCGUGCCACCGCGGCGGGCUGUCUGUCAGCUAGCUAGCUAGCUGCCCGUUUCUUGGGGGCAUUUUGGUACAAAAAAAAUGCAGCGUGCGUGCUUUCCUGCACAAAAACGCAAGAACAUAUAUAUAAAAAAAACACAUAAUUCCCCAAACCCUCCGCUUGCUUGCCGACGACCCUUCUAAUCUCUCCUCUUACUGCCGCCUCUUUGUUGUCCCGGCUGGGGUUUGCGGCGGCAGACCAUCAUAUCAUAUUACCAUUCUUCUCAUUGCUUCGUUAUUUGGCCGGGGGGGUUAUUACGGGUAGGACGGGUGGAUUCAUACAUCGGCAGGCGGGCUGGACGCGCAAAAGGGUAUGAGCAGGAAGAGGAGGGUAUACUGUGUGUGUGCUGUGUGCGUUGCGCGUUUGGGCAUCUCUCCUCGACACUAAGGCGGGGUUGUGUUGUGUACAAUCUGCGAUGAAUGGUAUGGAUGGAUGGAUGAUGUUUUUCUGGUUGUAUUAUAGUAGGUAGCUUAUUUACCUUAGGAUGAGGUAGUUUUCUAGAAUGGGCUUUGCUAUUGUCUCCUUUU